AUGCUUUCCGCUCGAGACAACGCCGCCCAUGGAACAACACGGCGCAGCGGACUAACCACGUCUAGAAAGUCCGCUCAAGCAUGUCGAUGCCCUCAUCUGCAUGCCGGUGAUGGAAGCGUCGGCGAUUGGGCCGCUUCUGCAGUCAAGAUUCACACGAUGCUAUUGAACGCCCGACUCCGAGAGACCUACUUUAUUGUCGCUAAGAUGGCCGCCCAAGCUUUGGAUAAGGAAAAGCUGAGUAACCUGUCCUUUAUCCUCAACAAGCCGCUUGACGUGGCCUAUGUCGAGCAGCCCAAGCCCACCAUUGAGGACCCUCACAAUGUGCUGGUAGCCGUCAACUACACUGGCAUCUGCGGAAGCGACGUGCACUACUACGUGCACGGCGCCAUCGGCCACUUUGUCGUCAGGGAGCCCAUGGUCCUCGGCCACGAGUCCUCCGGCACCGUCGUCGAGGUAGGCUCCGCCGUCACGGAUCUCAAGCCCGGCGACCGCGUCGCCCUCGAGCCCGGCUACGGCUGCCGACGCUGCAAGCACUGCCGCGCGGGCAAGUACAACCUGUGCGCCAAGAUGAUUUUCGCCGCGACGCCGCCGCACCACGGCACGCUGACGGGUGUGUGGGCGGCGCCGUCCGACUUUUGCUACAAGCUGCCCGACCAGGUCUCGCUGCAAGAGGGCGCGCUGAUUGAGCCGCUCGCCGUCGCCGUGCACAUUGUCAGGCAGGGCGACGUGCGCCCGGGCAGCUCCGUCGUCGUCAUGGGCGCCGGCCCCGUCGGCCUUCUCUGCGCUGCCGUCGCCAGGGCGCACGGCGCGUCCAAGGUGGUCAGCGUCGACAUUGUCCAGUCCAAGCUCGACUUUGCCAGGUCGUUUUGCUCGACGCACACGUACGCGUCGCAGAAGAUCUCGGCCGAGGAUAAUGCCGCGGCGCUCAAGGAGGCAGCCGGCCUGGGCGACGGCGCCGACGUGGUCAUUGACGCCAGCGGCGCCGAGCCCUCUAUCCAGGCGAGCAUUCACACCGUGCGCAUGGGCGGCACAUAUGUCCAGGGCGGCAUGGGAAAGGCCGACAUUACCUUUCCCAUCAUGGCCAUGUGCCUCAAGGAGGUCACAGUCAGAGGUUCCUUUCGUUAUGGUCCUGGAGACUAUGAGCUGGCCAUUGAGCUGGUGGCAAGCGGCAAGGUGGAUGUCAAGAAGCUGGUGUCUGAGGUGGUAGAAUUCCGUCAGGCUGAGGAGGCAUUCAAAAAGGUCAGAGAGGGUCAAGUUAUCAAGAUUUUGAUUGGAGGGCCCAACCAGUAA